UUUUGGCGCAAGCUAUGUAGCUGACAUUCUCAGGCUUUACGCUGGUGAUGUUUAGUCCAGCGUUCGACUGUGGUCGGAGCUUCGGCUCCGACACAGCACGUGAGUGGCACAGAUAUCCAUCUUACAAGCAUUGCGAUGUUGUCAGGACCAUGUCCUCGCAAUCACAGUGGCCUCGUGCUGGCAGUGGAUGCCGUACUCCAACAUCAUGGGUAGCAAAAGGUUCGCUUUCGCCUCUUUUGGGCAAAUCUCGUUGGCGUCCAGUGUCGAUGUUUUGCUCAACGUCAGCUCCCUGUGAGAUGAGCGAAGAGCAGGUUAGCGAGGCUUUGCUCACGGUUCCGCAGCUUUUGCGCCGAUAUUUCACCCCUGUGGUGGCAAUCGCCCUGUAUGCAUCUCGACGCGCAUGUGCUGGUAUACGGCCGGCUUUUAAGGCCGCCUCCGCAGCAGUUCGCAUGAGGUGUUGCUGCUGCCGCGGACCUUCAUCCAAGAAACCGUGUUGCAGGGGGAUGUCUUUGUUGGAGCGUGCUGCUCAGCAUGGAUGCGUUUUUUGCACCAAGUGCCUUCUGAUGGGCUAUGGUUCUCAGGAACCGCUGCGCGCAGCGUUGGCGAUCAGCAGCUCCGAGGUCCGUGCGCUACUGCAGGCCCACGAAGCGCCAAGCCUUGAAGUGGCCACCCCUCAGGGGAGGAGCGUUCCGACGGGAAGCGCGGGCAUCCCAAAGGUUGUACACCAGGUGUGGAUUGGACCCCGAGAGGUACCAGAAGAAUGGAUUGAUUCUUGGCGUGAGCAGCACCGAUCUGCCUAUCCAGACUGGAAGCAUGUUCUGUGGAGGGAUGAUGAUGUUGCAGGCGUACUGCCAUCAGGACUGUCGGAUGCAUACGAGUCCUUGCCGCAUUGGUGCCUCAAAGCUGACAUAGCUAGAUAUACGAUUUUGGCAAAGCAUGGUGGAGUAUACAUGGAUGCUGACACUGCAUGGCUCGGACGAGCAGGACUAGAUUCCGUCAUGGAUGGUCGACGUGUGGCCCUGGCGUGGGAGAAUCCUCCUGAUGAAGGGUUUGGUCUGGACGAGCGGAUCGGAAACAGCGUCAUCGGCGUCGUUCCAGGGCAUCCUCUCAUGUUGAGUUUGAUGGACGUGAUCUCGAGGGACUUCAGAGUUCUGCUAGAUUUCCUCGGGGAGCGCUCUCCCUUCUUGAGUGACUUCAGAAUCGGGUACCGCCUGACGUCUCCGCCAGCAAUCACGCGCACGUACCACUCCCUGGGGCUCGAUGCAGCAGAUCUCCUUCCUUCCUCCACGUUCUACCCCAUCCCGUGGUGGCGGUCGCAGAGCCUCUCCAAGACGCUGGCGGAGACGAGAGCCAUGUUCCCAACGGCUGUGGCUACCCACUACGGUUACUCUACGAAUCGCAUGGGAGGGCAGACGCCGGACGUUGCGUCGGCAGCUCAAUCUCAGGCCGUGUGAUCCAAGCCAGCGAGGCAUCGAGAGACACGUCGAGCAGAUGAGCGGUUUCUCAAGCAGCGGCCCAUGAAUCAGCCAUGGUCGGACCUGUCAGAUUUUCUCCCAAAGGCCAGUCCAUCCCCCUGUGCGCUCACUGUGUGAUCCCCCACCCUGUGGAAGGUUUUCGGUCAAGCGCUCAAGUGUUCGGUAGCAAGUCAUGGGAGCCUUGUAUACACUCGUAACUCGUAA